AUGAAAGAAGCCAUGAAGGACUCCACUGAAGCGGAGGUGAAGGAGAACCAGAACUCUUCAUCUGAUUCCUCUGCAAAAUCAACAAAAUCAGCAAAAUCGAAGAAAUCAACAAAAUCGGCCUCAAAACCUCCUAUGACGGGUACAACUCAAAAUGACACGGCAACAAUACGGACAGAGGAAAUACAGUCGACGGGGGAGGCUAUUUUCAGGGCAGUCUCUGGGACUCCCGCAGCACCUGUUGCAGCAAAGACAGACCAACCUAUCGUGUACCUGACGGGAAUGAAAUUAUAUCUAGUGCUUCUGGGAGUAGGAUUGGUUGUAUUCCUGAUGAUGUUGGAUCAAACAAUUGUGGUAACUGCCAUCCCAAGAAUUACUGCCGAAUUCCAGUCUACGAGUGAUAUUGGUUGGUACGGAUCAGCUUAUAUGUUGACGAUGUAUGUUUUAUCCUGUCCACUAGCACACACUCUUUACUUUGUAUACUAAUAAUAUUUCAAUCUAGUGCUGCCUUUCAACCACUUAUGGGGAAACUCUAUCAGUAUUACAACUCCAAAUGGACCUUUUUGGUUGGUUUGGCAAUCUUCGAGUUUGGGUCUUUGAUUUGUGCACUUGCAAACUCAUCCUCCAUGUUGAUCAUAGGAAGAGCUAUAUCGGGUGCUGGAGGAUCAGGAUUGGUCAUUGGAUUCCUUGCUAUUCUCUCCGUCACAGCUGCUGUGGACAAGAGACCAUGUAAGGAUUUCAUGCAUAAUGCCACAUUCACAAGCUUAGCGCGCUAACAACUCUACUAGACUACAUGGGUAUUGUUAUGGGAUUCUCGUCUUUGGGUCUCGUUCUCGGGCCAGUUCUAGGAGGUAUAUUCACCGAGCACGCAACAUGGAGAUGGUGUUUCUGGCUUAACCUUCCAUUUGGUGGAGUUACAAUGCUUAUUCUUGCACUCAUCAACAUCCCGAACGCGGCUGAGGUUUCCGAGAAGAAGGCGACAUGGAAAGAACAACUCAACCGUCUUGAUCUUCCCGGUUUCGCUCUCUUCGGACCAGCUAUCAUUAUGCUGCUUCUUCCACUUGAAUGGGGUGGACACAAAUAUGACUGGAAGUCACCUACCAUCAUUGGCAUGUUUUGUGGAGCAGUCGUUAUGAUCGCUAUCUUCUUGUUCUGGGAAAAGUUUAGAGGGAUGGAUGCCAUGAUUCCUCUCCCGGUCCUCAAGCAAAAGGUUGUUAUCUUCGCAGCGACUACGAUGACGUUGUCUCAAGGUUCGCUACUCGUCAUCACUUUCUAUCUUCCAAUCUGGUUCCAGGUUGUCAAGCAGGCCAGUCCAACAAUGGGUGGUGUUUACUACUUGCCAUCCGUUGGGUCCCAAGUCGUCGGUUCCUUUAUUGCAGGCGCUCUGAGUAAGUAUCCUAAAAUUAAGAAUUGCCACAAAUACUAAUUGAUUCCAGCUACUCGUUUCGGAUUCUAUACCCCAUGGGCAGUCUUGGGAUGCGCAUUGACAUCCAUUGCAUCGGGCCUCCUCUCGACCCUGAGCCCCGGUUCUGGUACAGCUCCAUGGGUUAUCUUCCAAUUGAUCUCGGGUUUCUCGCGUGGUCUUACUAUGCAGCAGCCUCUGACCGCUAUACAAGCUGCCGUGCCCAAGAAAGAAUUUCCUGUCGCCAGUGCAUUCCUUAUGUUUGCCCAAAUUCUUGGGGGUUCCAUCUUCAUCAGUUUGGCCCAGACGAUAUUCUCCAACCAGCUCAAACCAGCUUUGGCACUUUUCGCUCCGGAGGUGGAUGCCGCAAGGGUGUUGGAGGUUGGUACUACAGCCUUCAGAACUGUUGUUGCAGAAGGAAGUUGGCCAGGCGUCAUUCAAGCAUAUAAUAAAGCAAUCACUGCUACCUUUGUAAGUUCAUACUCCCACCAACCUUUGCAAAGAAGAAAAGCUAACGUUAAAUCAGUAUCUUGGAGCAGGUGCAGCCGCUGCAGCGUUCUGUGCAAGUUUCGGAAUGGGAUGGGGCAACCUCAUCAAGAUACGGCAAGCUGAGAUCGCAGCCCAAACUGCUGCCGCGCCGACUGAGGAAAAGGUUUAA